CCUGCACCAGAGUGGGAGGCUGAAAGACCAGCGGCCUCAGCCCUGAUGAUGUGCCUGUCACAGAGGGGCCAGGUUGCUCCCAGCUUGUACUUGUGGCGAUGGUGAGAUGUCGGAAACCUCUAGUAAAUUCUCUACCCUCCAGAUGUAACCUGCGCAAAGUGAAACUUCAUGUUCGCAGGACACGAGCAGCCAGUGCCACCAACUCUGCUAGGGAAGAGCAAGCUGACCCAUCAGAACCAGCAAAAUUGGACACUAGCCCUUCCACCAGACGGGCACGCUUCAGGUUGCAGUUCCCUCAGCUGGCUCUCAGACGGAGGUUGGGGCAGCUGACCUGUAUGUCUAGGUCAGCACUGAAACUGCGUUCCUGGCCUCUGACAAUCCUUUAUUACCUCUUACCGUUUGCUGCACUUAGGCCCUUGGCCAGAGUGGGAUGGCGACCUACCAGCAGGGUUGCCAUCUACAAGUCUGUGCCAACCAGACUUCUUUCUCGGGCUUGGGGUCGUCUGAACCAGGUGGAAUUGCCAACAUGGUUGAGGAAACCUGUUUACAGUCUGUAUAUUUGGACAUUUGGUGUGAACAUGAAAGAGGCAGCAGUGGAAGAUUUACACCAUUACCGAAAUCUCAGCGAGUUCUUCCGCAGGAAACUGAAGCCACAAGCACGACCUGUAUGUGACUCCCAUAGUGUGAUCAGCCCAUCUGAUGGAAAAAUUCUGCAUUUUGGCAGAGUAAAAAACUGUGAGGUGGAGCAGGUUAAAGGGGUAACCUAUUCACUGGAAUCAUUCUUAGGACCACAGACCUGGACUGAUAAUCUAUCCAUCAGUAAGACUUCAUUCCAAGACCAGCUAGUAACAAAGGAAGGAAAUGAGUUGUAUCACUGUGUCAUUUACCUGGCCCCUGGUGACUAUCACUGCUUUCACUCGCCAACAGACUGGAAUGUGUAUCAUAGGCGGCAUUUUCCAGGUUCUCUAAUGUCUGUGAACCCAGGAGUUGCCCGGUGGAUAAAAGAGUUAUUCUGUUACAAUGAACGUGUUGUACUCUCGGGGGGUUGGAAACAUGGAUUCUUCUCGCUCACGGCAGUUGGUGCUACCAAUGUUGGAUCCAUCCGCAUAUAUUUUGACAGGGAUUUACAAACUAACAGCCCACGUUACAGCAAAGGCUCUCACAAUGAUAUGAGCUAUGUAACGAACAAUAACCAGGAUGGCAUUGUAAUGAGGAAAGGAGAACAGCUGGGAGAAUUCAACCUUGGUUCUACCAUAGUUCUAAUUUUUGAAGCACCAAAGGAUUUUACAUUUAACCUGAAAGCUGGACAGAAAAUCCACUUUGGAGAGGCUGUUGGAUCCCUGUAGGAAGAUAUGAGCCAGUUUCACUUCCUUCAUAAAAGGCCAGAGGCUGUUCAUAUAUGCUGGUGUCAGAGAGGCUUAAAUCCAUGUCUCUAUGCAAGUUGGAAUCAUGUGCCCAUGCUGGACCAAUGGCAGUCAUGCAGAUCAGACCAUCCGCUAUGGCUACUGCCUCCUACACCAGACAACUAGUCUCACUUCACUUAUUUCCACUCCUUCCCUUUGUCUGAGGUGUGGCUUGGUGUUGUGAAGCAUGAGAAAAGACCAGGUUUUGAAGAUGUGUAUACAGUAUAUGGUUAAGGAAUUCAUUUUUCGGUGGCAGAAAUUGUUUUACUUGACACUGCCAACCUCAGGGAAGUGCUAUCUUCUCAUGGCAGGUUUAGCUGUCCAAUGGGAUGAUGGUAUCUGGCAGCUCCUUAGGGGCCUGGUUAAAGGAAACUAAAGAGUGCUGGCCCUUUUGCUUGUCAGUGCAGGAACGUCAGUUUUGCCUAAGGGAGCUGUAGCUCAUUAAUUACUUUUAUAUUUCUACACAAAAAGGGUGAUCUUGCUAAUACAUUAACUCAUUUAAUAGCAUACAUUUUGAAAUAAAACAAGUGCAAACA